AUGGAUAGCAUCGAGAUGAUAUGGGACAAUCAAGUUGUUGUGGAAUCUUUCCCCAAGCUAAAAUCGCUUUACGUGGAUGGAUGCAACAAGCUUGUGACCGUUGUUCCUUCUUUCCUUCUAGGACAGCUCAAGAGCCCGGAAAGUUUAAAGGCAAAAGCAUGUGGUUCGCUUGAAGUCAUUUUCGAACUUCAGCCACUAAUUCCUCUAGAUGGGCAUCCCGUUGCUCUUCCGUUAAGAGAGCCGACAAUAUCGGGAUUACCAAAUCUAAAGUGCGUGUGGGAUAAGGAACUUCACCGUCAAGUUGAAUUCCAGUGUCUACGUUCUAUUAGCGUAUCCGAAUGCAAUAGCCUCACCUCUCUAUUUCCAGCGUUAAUAUUUAGAGAUCUAACCCAACUUGAAGAGUUGGAGAUCCGUGAAUGUGGCAUUGCAAAACUCAUCGAGAAGGAAGAAGGAGUACCAGUUCCCGGGUUUGAUUUCCCAAAGUUAACCUCCCUCCAGCAUGAGCAUCUAACAGAGUUGACGUGCCUCUACGACAGAGCACAUACUUCCCAUUGGCCGGCAUUAAAGACCUUGAGGGUAGAUGGCUGUAACAAAGUAGAGAUACUUGCUUCCCGGUUUGAGAAUGAGAUACCACGUCAUAAACAGCCUCUCUUCUUGAUAGAAAAGGUACGACCCAAGAUUAUUUGUUUAGCUUCCAUGGUGAAUAUUUGA